GCCUGGACAGUGAGGUGAUCUACCCUCAGGGUAUGUCGUGCACGAUGCCAGAGGAGCAUCAGCUGGUCAUGAUGAGGGCAAUACCUGGGCUGGAGAACUGUCGCAUCGUCAGGCCGGGGUAUGGGGUCGAGUACGACUUCAUGGACCCACGACAACUCAAGCCCAGCCUGGAGACCCGGCUAGUGGCCAACUUGUACUUUGCAGGGCAGAUCAACGGGACUACUGGCUAUGAGGAGGCAGCCGCUCAGGGUAUCAUGGCUGGCAUCAACGCAGCGUGCCAGGUCCAGGCGAAGCCUCCACUAGUGGUGAGCCGCACUGAGGGCUACAUCGGCGUGCUCAUCGAUGACCUCACCACGCACGGCACCAAUGAGCCGUACCGGAUGUUUACCUCACGGGCAGAGUUCCGCCUCUCUCUCCGGCCGGACAAUGCCGACAUCAGGCUUACCUCAAAAGUCAAAUACAGCACUGACAUAGCCAGCCAGCUUGAGGAGAUUGCGGCUGUGAAGAGAGAGGAGCAAAUGACCCUGCCGGAUGAUCUGGACUAUUUCAGCUUGAACAUCUCUAAUGACGCUAAAUCGAAACUGGCAGAAGCGAGACCAGCAUCAAUAGCAGCAGCGAGUCGCAUCCCGGGAAUCACGCCUGCCGCUGUGGCUCACCUCCUUUAUCAUGUCAAGGCCACUCAGCGUCAAGGGAAGCAACCCUCUGCCUCUUUCACCACAUCAGUUGCUAAAGACACAGACAAGUCUUGAGUUGAGCUCCAAAAACAGUGAUUACCUCUUGCAAAUGUUGUUCAAUUUUGUUGAGGUCUACAGUAUUUGCUCGCCAUUCGCAGACUUAGUACAUUACAUUUUUUCCUGAUGAAAACCAGAAAAUUAGGAAAGCUCUAUAGACUCACUAUUGGGUGCAUCUGCAAUAAUCAAUUUUGGUAAAGUCAUUAACAAAUGCAAAUUUUUAUUUUUUGUUUAAUACCAUUGGUCACUCAUGUGUAGAAAGCAUUUAUAUGAGCAUGGGAGAGGUUUGUCAGAAUCUGGGAAGGGAAUGUAAAGGCGUGAAAUACAUAAUAAGAAUACUGUUUAGAUUUUCCCCUAUCAUUACUAUCAUGGUAAGUAAUCUCUGCCAUAUUUAGGAAAUACUGUAAGUCUAAAACUAUUGCACUAACUGAUAUUAUUUUAGAUACAGAUCUUUAGCUGACACCACAAGACGGUACACCCCUGUGGAGUGAGUAUAGAUCAGUUAUUAAGGUAUUGGUGUAUAUGUGUUCACAAACAAACUAUUUUCUGCUCAUGACACGAGAAAUACUCUGUGAACAUAUUUAUUUCUGUAUGCUGAACUGUUAUGUGUGUGAAUGUUUUUGCAGUGUUGUAGUUGUAGCAAUCAUGAUUGUUUCUUGAUUCAGAGAAUGGCUUGACGUUGUCGCCUGUAAAUGUUAUCGAUAUUCGUGGCCUCAUGCACAAACCAUCUGUGCCUGGAGUCAUAUUUCUCACAGGAGAAGGGGGGGGGGAAGACCCUGAUUUUCUGCAAACUGGCAGCUGGACAUGACGAACUGAUCUAGGUUUUUUAAAGUAGUUAGAGAAUCACUUAAACUCUACCAUUGGGUGUACUGGGUAUUGAUAAAUCAAGAGUAACAACAGAAAGUGAGGGAUAGAAGCCUAUGUUGUGUAUGCUUACUUUACUGCCAACCAGUACAGUACACAAAAAACAUAUUUAAUACGUUUUUGAGGGUCUGAGUUUGGAAAUUCGUUUCGGUACCAGUACCAGCAUUAAAGAAAAUAAUAUGUGAGACAUCAUGGAGAAAUCAGGCGCUCGUCAAAAUAACGAAAUCGAAGAAACUGGCAUUUUUCCUCCAGUUUGACCAUUUUUUUUCCAAAUUUUUGUUUUUAUCCUCAGAACUUGUUAGGUCCAUCUGAAAACACAUUCCUAUAUAAAUUUUACAGAAAAGCGUUGAUUAAUGGCACAAAAUAUGUAAAUUUUCAGUUUUCAAGGACUCUCAAGAUAUAGAAGUUACAAAACUUUAGAGGCCAUUUUCUGGAAGAUUUUACCUCUGAAACUAUGCUACCUCCACCUUCUUAAUCGCGAAUAUUUCGACUUCUAAUUCUAAUCAAGAUAGGUGGGUGACUUUUUUUAAAGAAAGCAAGGCAACUGAAUAAGCUUUCAGAUAUCAAUACCUCCACAUGCAGAAAAAUUGACGAGUGCCUGAUUCCCCCGCAUCGUGACACAUAUAUGAUAUGUAUUCUUUUCCCUAACAUUGCUCCUCAUGGACUUGCUGAUGCUGUUGAAAAAUCAUGAACUUUCAGAACUGGAUUUGUGAAUAAAAAUGAGAUUGAAGCCAAUAGGUCAAUUGUAGUUGUGUCCAUUACCAAUAUAAUAAUCAGUUAAUAACUGAGUUAUCUAUUGCACAUGGAUUUUUAAGGAAUGCAGCAGUGUAAAGGGUUUAGAUGGGGACUGUAUAACCAAUACCCGCCAUCUUGACAAUGUGGUGUGCGUAGUCUAUUACUGUUAUGGUUUUGAAAAUUUGGCAGCUGUGUGUAUGUGUACAGAUGUAAAUACCACCUACUGUACCCUCCACCCGGUCACUGAACUGAGUAAUCUCUACUAGCAUCUGUGGUGUAGUGGGUAGACACCUCGCCAUCAGUCACACACAGAAGAAAUAAAAUGAUGAAAUGACAUAGGUUUAACGUCCCUAUCAACACAGUUAGGUUAACUUAUAUAAGAGGCGGGACCGCCAAGUUUCACGUCCAGCUCUGAAAGGACCAAGCCAAAUUGGGAAUUCGUGUAAAGUGUCUCUCCCAAGGACAAAACAUCUGACUUAGCUGAGGCUCGAACCCCGUACUCACAAUCUCACGAUUACGAGUCCGGUAGCCUAUCAACAACUAGAAGGUUACUGGCCCCAUACACACAGAAGACCUGAAUCCGAUUUCUGUGUGGGGUGAAUUUUUAUCUCAUGAGACAUCAUCUCCCUCUCAGCACAGGUUGACCCAGACAGGCAGACAAAGCAGACAAAGCCCACUUCCUACAAGAUCUCUAACCUAUGUUGAAGAGGGCUGAAAACCGCUACGUUUUUUUUUUUUAAUUUAAUUUGUCCGAUCUCUAAGUGUGAAGAGAAUAUUGCAAUUUCAAUUAUUCUGUCUCAGGACUAGAUGUAGCUGCUAUACAAAAUUGUCCAUAAAAUCUCAUACUCUGCUUGAAAUCAUGAUUAAAUACAAGAUAAACUAA